UAGACGCAAUCGCGCAAAGAAGAAGAUCCUGGUAAGACAUCAAUGGUGUGAUUUAGCGAGAGAGAUGCAAACAUCGCUGUUUCGAAGACUCGCUCCAUUAUUGGCAGCACGAUUUCAACGGAACCAGAAUAUUAUAAGCUCUUUUUCAUCUUCAUCUUCUUCUUCCGUUCUUCACCAUGCCACAUCUUCACCGUCUUCUCCCGACGUGGAACCUGUCCACAUAACCGAAAACUGCGUUCGCAAAAUGAAGGAAUUGGAUGCCAAUGAAUCAUCAUCCGGUGGAAAAAUGCUUCGUUUAAGCGUAGAAACCGGUGGAUGUUCAGGAUUUCAGUAUGCUUUUAAUUUGGAUGACAGAUUCAACUCAGAUGAUAGAGUUUUCGAGAAGGAAGGAAUUAAACUGGUUGUUGACAAUAUUUCAUACGACUUUGUGAAAGGCGCAACUGUUGAUUAUGUCGAGGAGCUAAUCCGUUCGGCUUUCAUAGUGACGGAGAACCCAAGUGCAGUUGGUGGUUGCAGUUGUAAAAGUUCCUUCAUGGUGAAACAGUAGUUAGCUAUAUUGGUACUCCCCUCCUCACUUUCCUCCACCGCUCAAAUGUUUAUUCCAUCGAACUAGAUUAUACUAUGAAACAUGAGUUUUGUACCUAAAAAAACAAUUGAUUGAUUGAAGAUUAAAUUAUUGCUUGUAUACUGAUAUCAAUAUCAAUGUAACAUACAGUUGUUGUACUGGUAAUAAAUUAUCAGGCAUUUCAGUCUAGCCUGUUCUAUUA